CCCGCAGGUUCUCAGGACCAGGCGCACAUCUCUCCCUGCGUCGCGCGGUUGCUAGGAUACCGGGGGCCGUUACCGCGGCGCGGGGCGAUGACGACACUCCGCCGCUUCCGGUCUCUGUCUCCGUCGACACCACUCGCGCGUCUGGGCCAGCCCUUUGGACUGCACCCCUCUGGAGCAUUGGCUCAUCACUGCCCCCAUCGGUGGGCAGCAUCUGCCCCUGCCCUGAGGAUGACUAAGGCACCAUGGGCCACACGCUGUGUAUCUGUUCCCGAGGGACCGUCACCAUUGACAACAAGAGAUACCUCUUCAUACAGAAGCUGGGAGAGGGUGGGUUCAGCUACGUGGACCUGGUGGAGGGACUGCAGGAUGGGCACUUUUAUGCCCUGAAGAGAAUCCUGUGCCAUGAGAAACAGGACCAGGAAGAGGCUCAGCGAGAGGCUGACAUGCACCGACUGUUCCAGCACCCCAAUAUCCUUCACCUUGAGGCCUAUUGCUUGACAGAACGGGGCUCCAAGCAGGAGGCCUGGCUACUGCUACCCUUCUUCAAGAGGGGCACGCUAUGGAAUGAAGUGGAAGGGCUGAAAGACAAAGGCAACUUCCUGUCUGAGGAUCAGAUCCUGCUACUGCUGUUAGGCAUUUGCAGAGGCUUAGAGGCCAUUCAUGCCAAGGGUUAUGCCCACAGGGACCUGAAACCGACCAAUAUUUUGCUUGGAGAUGAUGGACAGCCAGUGUUAAUGGACUUGGGUUCCAUGAAUCAGGCACGAAUUCAAGUGGAAGGUUCCCGCCAGGCCCUAGCCCUUCAGGACUGGGCAGCCCAGCGCUGUACCAUUUCCUAUCGUGCCCCUGAACUCUUCUCAGUACAGAGCCAGUGUGUCAUUGAUGAACGAACUGACAUUUGGUCCCUAGGAUGUGUGCUGUAUGCUAUGAUGUUUGGGGAAGGCCCCUAUGACAUGGUGUUCCAGAAAGGAGACAGUGUGGCCUUGGCAGUACAGAACCAGCUCAGCAUUCCCCAGAGCCCCAGGCAUUCCCCAGCACUACGGCAGCUCUUGGCCUCCAUGAUGACUGUGGACCCCGAGUGCCGGCCGCAUACUUCUCUCCUCCUCAAUCAGUUGGAAAGUUUGCAGCCCACAGCUCCAGGCCAACAUACCACACAUAUCUGAGAAAGCAUGCAGUUUGAGAGUGUGGAACUUUCUAUAAGAGGAAAGGAUUUUUUCUCAAUGGGACUUGCAGGAUAGCAGGCUCCCUCCCAUCCACAGUCCCAAGAAUACAUAGGUACUCUUGAGCUCCUACCCAUAGCGGACCAAGAGUGGAUCUUAGAGAGUGGUCCUGGACCUGGCUGGCUGACCCAGAAGUGGAGAAAUGGUCACGUGUGGUACAGUUGGGGCUCACAUCACAGCCUGCCCCCAAAUGUGAGGGGACAGGGAACUGCAUCUUUAGAAUAUGUAAAUACAGAAGUAAAGCUAAAACAUGUCCAUUUA